UUAUGUGUUUUGGGGGGGACCAAUCCUGUCAGCAUCCGGGCUAGAGAGAGCUGACAGGCAGAAGCAGACAACCAAAACAUCGCAUCCAGGCCUCAGCAUCUCCAUCCUUGGUGCGGCGAUGCUCCCUGCCAACCUGACCAUGACUCCCUGAGGGGGUACCCCAGUCUCGCGGAGGGGAUUUCGCAACACGGGACCCGCAUGGAAGGAACAUGGCGGCGAUGAGGACUUUAACGGCGGCGGGUCUCGUUCUAGCCUUGUGCGCCCUCGGCCUGAUCGCGGUGGCCAUCGGCACUGACAAUUGGUACGAGACAGACGCCAGGAGGCACAGAGAGCGCUGCAAGAAUUACUCCAACAAGAGAACCGACCCGGGCUACAUCUACAUCUCCAACAACAACCUCCCGCUGCGCAUGCUGCCCAAGGCGAGCGCCGAGUCGGAGGCAGGAAUGCCGAGGCUGCGGGCUCGGCGGCACCUUACGCCUCAAGCCUCCGCCAUGGAGUCGUUGUGCAAUCGGCAUUUCAACUCCACCGUCACCGGACUGUGGAGGAAGUGUCACCGGAUGGGAUUUGACCUGGAGACGGAAGAUUUAAUCUUUAAAGGAUUGGUUGCACGUUGCACUCCAAUAAAAUACUACUACUCUUCAUCGGCAUUGCCCAGAAACGUGCCCAUCAACCUGACCAAGACGAUCAGGCAGGAUGAGUGGCAUGCGCUACAUCUCCAGAGGAUGACUGUGAGUUUCAUCGGCAUGGCCAUAUCUAUCAUCCUGUUUGGCUGGACCAUUGGCGUGCUGGGCUGUUGGAAGGCACAUGACCUCAUGCAGUAUGUUGCUGGACUGCUCUUCCUCAUGGGAGGAACAUGCUGUAUCAUCUCUCUCUGCACGUGUGUGGCGGGAAUCAACUUUGAACUGUCUCGUUAUCCUCGCUACCUGUUUGGAAUACCGGAGGACAUCAGCCACGGCUACGGCUGGUCCAUGUUCUGCGCGUGGGGCGGACUUGGACUGACUCUGCUGGCCGGGUUCCUGUGCACGCUCGCCCCAUCCCUCUACCCGCCGCACACCCCCGUGACCCACAAGCCGCGACAGGAGAACGGCUGCGUGUGACGGGUUAACCCGAGACGGACAACGCGGUGACCUGCAUUCGGGACAUUUUGCGGGAAUUCAGCAGCGUGCGGAGUGACACAAAGAAAGCACAAGAACGUGGGGGGAGGGUGAAUAUUUGACUGAAGAUGAUCCUCCUCAUGACUGAACUGAUCAGUGUUUUUGCUUGCUCUCCAGGAGGACAGUACUUAUAGUUCAGCACAUUUGUUAACACCCCCCUCUCCACCAUCUGACUAAAGAGAAUAGCACAACCUGGAAACUGUAUUAAAUAUGAAAACAUAUGGAUGUGUACUGUCACAUUUAAAAGGGCAACCGUGUAUCAUUAUGUAUCAUUCAGCACAAGUUAUGUACGUGUACCUUUUGAGCCGUAUGUAUGCAGAUGCGUUUGUGUUUAUUCAAGGGGGAAAAAAAAAGGCACAUUAAGUCCAAACUGUGUUCAACGCAAGUGUUUUUGUUGUUCUUGAGGUGGUCUACCCCAAGGGGAUAUUUUUCAAAAAUAAAACAGCCAUGCAAAACA